AUGGCGCCGCCCCAGGACAGCCCCGGCGGGUUCGCCAUGACGUCGACGAAGCGCACGACUGCCAAGCGAACGUUCGCAACGCUCGCGUCGACCGUCAAGGGCCGCGUCUUUCCCGACGAAGACAACGUUCGAAUCAAUGGAAAGCCGCCCCCGAGCCUGCUGCUGCGCGAGCUGACAGGCGUGCCGGGCGAGCUGACGGCCCCGAGGGUGGCCGGGAGCGGCCCGAAGAUCGUGGAGUUGCUGAACAUCAGUGAUUACUCGACUCAAGUGGACUGCGCGGUGCCGCUCGACCGGCCCAUCUUCCAGCCGUUCCCGCCGGAGUUCGUGUUCCACUCGUACGAGGCGUUCAAGACGUACGAGGGCAUCCUCCGGCUGCGAAACAACGACCGCGUGGCGCGGCGCAUCAAGGUCGUGCCGCCCGAGAGCCCCUACUUCACCGUGAAGCGCAUUCAGAGCAAGGCGCAGGAGCUCUCCGGCAAGGUCGCGUCCGGCAUGGACGUCUGCUACAAAGUCGAGUUCCGCCCAGAGUCCGCGGACGACUACAGCUACGACCUCGUGGUCUGCACGGAGCGCGAGAAGUUCCUCGUCCCCAUCUCCUGCGUCGGGCAGCGCCCGGCCCUCGAGAUCCCGGACGUGGUCGAGUUUGACCGCGCGCCGUGCAAGGCGCGGCAGACGCGCGCGAUCCAGAUCAUCAACACCGGGCAGCGCAACGCGCACUUCUCGCUCCACACGGAGCCGCCCUUCUCCGUCCACCCCGCCCUCGGCCACCUCGCGGUGGGGGAGUCCCUCCAGGUGGAGGCGUCGUUCGUGCCCACGCACGCGGGCGACGAGAUCGUCGGGCUGCUCGAGGUGCGGUACGACGACAGCGGCUUCGCGUCCGUCACGCGGCUCGUGGGGUCCGCGGAGGAGGUCGACGUCGGCCCGUCGGUGCAGGAGGUGACGCUGCUGCCAACGUACAUGGACCGGCAGAGCCAGCGGACGUUCGUGAUCCACAACCGCAGCGAGACGACCGCGACGUUCCGGCUGCAGCAGUACGCGGAGGACGACGACGACGCGCACGCGUCCGCGCUGCUCUCGGAGUCGCUGUUCAGCGUGCCGGGCGCGGGCGCGGCGACGUCGCCGGCCAUCGCGGGCGCGGAGGAGCUCAGCGGGACGAGCGAGGACGAGGACGCGGUGCUCGAGUCGGCCACGAUGGCGUCCACGCGCGCCAUGAAGCGGCAGCGCCGCGAGGUUCUGCUGCACCGCCACUGUUUCUCGCACCCGUCGUUCGACGUGCACCCGCUGCAGGGGCAGGUGUGGCCCGGCGGGGAAGUCGAGGUCACCGUCCGCUUCCUCCCCGACCGCCAGGACAAGUUCGAGGCCACCAUGUUCCUCGACAUCACCGGGCGCGCCGAGCGCAUCCCCAUCGAGCUCUCCGGGGAGGGCCUGGGCCCGAAGGUCGUGUUCAGCUACGACGUGCUCGACGUGGGCGACACGUUCAUCUACACGGUGCACCAGUACGAGCUCGAGCUGCACAACCGCGGCGACAUCGCCGCGCAGUACGACAUACUGGAGAGCAUGUCCUUUUUCGGCAAGAUGUUCACGUUCGAGCCGUCGCGCGGCGUCGUCGAGCCCGGCGGCGUGCAGGUCAUCACCGUGCGGUUCCUCUCGGACACGCUCGGCGCCUUCGCCGAGACGUUCUCCUUCCAGGUGCAUGGCUCGCAGCGCCCGCUAACGCUCGAGUUCAAGGGGCGCGUGAUCGGCCCGACGUUCGACACGUCCGUGGAGAAGAUCGACUUCGGCGGCGUGUCGUUCGGGUUUCUGCACCCGAAGGAGUUUGACCUGCGCAGCACGUGCGAGAUCCCCAUGCGCUACGCGCUGCGGAUGGCGCCGGAGCACGGCGCGCAGGACGGCGUGGAGGAGUUCUCGAUCGAGCCGGCGUACGGGACGCUGCCGCCCGGCGGCACGCAGCGGGUCCGGCUCGAGUUCGUCGCGCAGCGGGUGCGCAAGUACGAGACGGAGCUGUUGGUGGACGUCCCGGGGGUCGGGCAGGGCGUGCGGAGCAUCCCCGUGCGCGCGGAGAGCUUCGUCCCGGAGAUCUCGCUGCGGGAGACGAUCAUCGAGUUCGGCGAGAGCUUCCUGCAGUUCCCGUACAGGCGCCCCAUCACGCUGGUGAACAAGACGCGGCUACCGGCGAAGUUCGAGGUCCUGCCGCAGGACGACCAGUCGAAGAACCUGGGCAACAUCACGUGCGAGCCGCAGAUCGGCGGCGUCCCCGCGAUGGGCACCACGGAGGUCUACGUGACGCUGCAGACGACGCGGCGCGGGCGCAUCCAGCUGCCGGUGCGCAUCCAGGUGCACGGCGGCCGGCAGGCCCCGCUGGAGUGCGUGCUGUCCGCGCGCUCGAUCGGGCCGUCGCUGAACCUCGCCGUCGAGCAGCCGCCGACGAAGAAGCUCCAGGACGCUGUCAAGAAGACGCUGGGCCGCUCCAACGUGGCCAAGGUGGCCAAGGACGCCGCGGCGGCCGCGCGGGCGUCCGCGCCGGCCUCGGACGGCGAGGGCUCGGACGAGGAGAAGCGCGCGGGCGACAUGAACACCAUCGGCGCCGUGGCGAUACAGUUUGGCUCCGUGCCGGUGCUGUUGAACAACGUCCGGACGCUGAAGCUGUCGAACCCGUGCCCGGUCCCGGCGCACUACCGCGCGUUCGUCGAGGGCGCGGAGUCGGUCUUCCGCGUGGAGCCGCGCACGGGCACGAUCGAGGCCAACGGGAACGCCGACGUCAAGGUCAUGUGCAAGAUGGACGAGACGUUCCGGUUCACGGACGUGCUGCACGUGCUGGUGUCGGACGGCGACGACAUCUCGAUCCCGCUGUCCGCCACGGGCGUCGGCUCGACCGUCGUGUGCGACGAGAUCAAGGGGGCCGCUCCGGGCGCGCCGCAGCUCGAGUUCGGGAAGCAGCUGGUCGGGCGGCCGUUCGGGAUGCAGAUCACGCUGCGGAACCACGGCCGCCGCGCGCAGACGCUCGUGUGGAACUCCCUCGCGAAGGAGGCCGCGGGGAAGGCCAUGCGCCGCCAGGAGAUGCAGAAGAACCGCAAGGAGGACGCCGACGCGGAGCCGAGCUCGAGCUCGCUGCCGACGAACCCGUCGCCCGUGAACGGGGCGUCCGCGACGGAGGCGGCGCGCGAGGCCGCGGAGGGCGAGGGGCGCAAGCGCGCGGAGCUCCCCGAGGUGGUGUUCAACGUGGAGCCGGCGCGGGCGAUCGUGGAGGCGAAGCAGAGCUUCACGUUCACGGUGACGGGGCUCUCGAUGCGCCCGGGCGGCAAGUCGGAGCGCCUGGCGCUCAAGAGCACCAUUGGGUCGAUCACGAAGGAGGUUCUCAAGGCGGACUUCACCGCGGACCUGACGCGGCCGCUGAUCGAGUUCUCGGAGCCGCAGCUGGCGUUCCAGUACAUCUGGUCGCCCGACGCGGACGAGGUCGCGCCGAUGGAGCAGCGGCUGAUGGUCCGCAACGCGUCGGAGCUGUCGCUGGUGCCGCAGCUGCGCACGCAGGCGCCGUUCAGCGUGGACGCGUCGGAGCUCGCGCUGGCGCCGGGCGAGGAGGUCCCGAUCACGGUCAGCUUCGACCCGGGGUACCGGAGCGAGCGCGUGUCCUCCAAGAUCAACGGCAAGCUGCAGGUCACGUUCUCCGACAAUCCGAACAAGGAGGCGCUCGACAUGGUCGGCGUGAUCGCGUUCCCGAACCUCGAGCUCUCGCACAGCGUCCUGGACUUCGGCGCCGUGCUCACCGACACCGUAGAGCGCCGUUUCAUCACCGUCAAGAACGUCAGCAGCGUCCCCGCGGCGAUGACGUGGACGCUGCUCAUGACCGAGGACGAGAUGCAGGAGACGGCCAAGGCGGCGCGGCGGCGCGGGACGCCGCAGCUCGUCGCGUCGGACAUCUUUGACGUCAUGCCGAUCCGCUGCGAGAUCCAGCCGGGCAAGGAGGAGCGCAUCGAGGUCUCGUUCUUCGCGCAGCCGGGGGCAAAGGUCGCGGCCGCGGCGCUCUGCAAGGUCCAGGGCGGGCCGGAGUACGAAGUCAAGCUCGCCGGGGAGGCGAGCCACAUCCGGUACGCGCUCGAGCGCGCGGUGAUCGACGUCGGGCGGCAGCCGUACAACCGCACCGUGGAGCAGGAGGUCGUGCUGCAGAACACGGGGCGCGUGCCGUUCAACUACAUCCUCAACCUCUCGCGGCUGUCGCGCCCGGGCGUGGUGUCGGCGGCGAACACCACCGGGCACCUCGCGGGCGGGCAGCGCGAGGGCAUCAAGCUGCGGAUCACGCCGGGGGUGCCCGACCUGCUGAACGAGGUCGUGCUGCUCGAGGUCGCGCACUGCGAGCCCGAGGAGCUGCGGAUCCACUGCGAGGGCAUCUUCCAGGGCCUGCUGAUGUCGCUGCCGCGCAUCAACGAAGACGUGUUUGCGCUGCUGCGGGGAGACGCGAAGCGCACGCUCACGGACGGCCCGCGCUCGACGGUCGCCAACUACGGUCCGCUGCUUGCGCCGGGCGGCGAGGCCCACAUCGGCACGCAGUCGCGGAUGCAGAGCAUGAAGCCCGGGACGGCGGCGAGCAAGUACGCGCCGUCCGAGCACGGCGCGCCGCCCGGGACCGCCGCGAGCAAGCGCUCGAUGGCCGGCGGGCACGCGCUCCCGCGCGUCGGGCCCCCGCCGUACCGCGGCCAGUGGAACCUGGCGAACGGCACGUUCGACCCGAGCCGGGAGGAGAUCGAGAUCGAGGCCGACCGAAUGACGCUGUGCCGGAACCUCCUGGCCGACAUGGAGAGCAUGGUCGCGCAGGGCGUCGCGGCGGAGCUCUCGACCGAGUCGCACCACAGCAAGCUGUCGCAGGGCGCGACCAAGCGCAGCAAGACCAGCGCCGUCGUGCUCUCGCACUACCUGCUCGACCUGGGGCACGUGACGCGCGGCACCGUGAAGAGCCGGCGCUUCCGCCUGCACAACGUGUCGUCCGUGGCCACGAUGCUCUCCCUCGACAAGCGCAUCCUCGCCGCCGCGGGCUUCCGGCUGGAGCCGGAGAAGAUCGCCAAGCUGGACGAGUACGCGAGCCUGAACCUGGCGAUGACGCUCGACACGAGCCUGCCGCAGGUGCAAACGGGGCCACUCGAGCUGACGGUGCCGAUCGUGCAGAAGACGGGCCCGACGGUGCUGCUGACGCUGCGCGCCAACGUCGUCGUGCCGGACCUCCAGCUCUCGACGGACGCGCUCGACUUCGGCGCCGUGCAGUGCGGCCACACUAAGGUCAUCACCGUGCAGCUGCACAACCCGCGCGAGGUUGCGCUCGACUGGCAGAUCAAGCAGCCCGUCGACAACAACGCCGACUGGGGGUACUUCCGCGCCGUGCCCGACGCCGGCUCCAUCGCGCAGGGCGAGAAGGUCAACGUCAAGGUGCACUUCACGCCCGUACGCGGCCGCGGAGACGCCUACUUCCAGAAGGUGCCCAUAAAGGUCACGCACAACUCGAGAUUCUUCGGGUUCACGUGCACCGGGAAGGGCCAGUGGCUCAACCUGCAGCUCUCGCAGCCCUCGCUCGACCUCGGCGCCAUCAAGCCCGCGCCCGAGGUCGACCCUACCGCGAAGAACGCGCCGCCCCCGCCGGAGCCCGCCCGCCAGCGGUUCGAGCUCAUCAACCCCGGCGACACCCCGAUCGAGGUCUACGCGCUGGACAUCGACCAGCGGUACCGCGACGAGGACAGGCUGCUCGCGGCGCUCCCGGCCGAGGUUUGGGGCGAACACGACUUCCUCUACGCGGCCCCGCGCGCCCCGGGCGAGCCGUUCUGGCAGCACCUGCGCGACGUCGCCGAGCAGCGGAUCCGCGAGCAGGAGGAGGAGGCGGAGCGCGAGCGGCUCGCCGCUGAGGCCGCCGCUGCGGGGGAGGACGCGCCGGCCGCGGAGGCGCCGGAGGCGGACGCGCAGGACGACGGGAAGGGCGCGAAGGGCGUGGGGUUCGCCGACGAGCAGGUCGGGGAGGUGGAGGACCCCGCGGCGGGCGUGUCGCGCGUGCAGGUUGUCGUGGACGGUCCCGUGGGCAGCGGGUGCUCGACGCUCGCGGCCAAGAUCGCGGAGCGCUACGACGUCCCGCUGCUGCGCGUGGGCGACCUCCUGGAGGCGGCGCUGGCGCUCGAUGUGCCCGCGCACGCCGCGAAGCUCGCCGCGAAGGUGCCGCCGCCGGCCGCGGACGACGAGGGCAAGCCCGGCACGCCGGACCCCGCGGACUCGCUCGAGGCGAUGGAGGCGAAGGUGUUGAUCGCGCAAGCCGCGAUGUGCAACGCGGCGAGGAUCGCGGUGCCGGACGCGGCAGCGGAGGCCGUGGCGGCGGCGCCGCCUCCGGCAAAGGGCGCGGGGAAGGAGGACGGGAAGAAGCAGCUGCGGGACGCGCUCGCGCUGCUGUUCGACGCGGUGCUGACCGAGCGCGCGAUGCCGGCGGGGUGGGUGCUGGACCGCGUGGGCAGCGGCCCGCUGCCGGCGGACGACGUCGCGUUCGCGCUCGCGGCGGCCGCGGGGAUGGAGGAGGACGAGCUCCCGGCGGACCCGGGCGUGAAGGUGGCCAAGGGCGAGCGCGCGCCGUUCGUGCUGCGCGGCGGCUCCCCGCUGUCCUUCCUCAUGCUGGAGACGCCCGCGGCGGAGGUGGCCGUGCGGCGGCGCGCGGCCGCCGCGGAGGCCGAGCGCCUGCGGAGCUCGCGGGUCGACACGGACGGCGGCGAGAGCGACGAGCGGUCGGGCGCGCCGCCGAAGGAGGAGGGCUCGGCCACGGCGAUGCCGAUGAUAGAGGAGAGCGGCGAAGAGGGCCGCGAGGACGACGGCGCAGCGGCGGAGGACGGCGCGGCGUCGACGCCGCGGGACGACGCCGCGGGGGACGUCGUCGAGGCGGAGAUGGCCGAGUGGCGCGCGGCGAUGGAGCAGGUCCGCGCGACGCUGGGCAAGGUCGACCACGACGCGAGCUCGGUGGCCUGGCGCGCGCUGCGGGGCGUCGGGACCGCCGAGGACGUGCUCAUGGAGGCCGUCGGCGUGCGGUUCGUGCUCGGCGAGCUGCACACCACGCUGCCGACGGUCCCGGCCGACCGGGUGCUCGUUCCGCCGCCCUACACGCUUGAGAUCGUGCGCCGGCCGAAGCAGCACGGGCGCGCGCGGCGGCCGAUCAAGGCGCACUUCAAGCUGCGCGAGCCGAAGAUGGUGGAGGUCCCGGUCGACCCCAAGGCCAAGGUGCGGCCGCCCGAGGGCGAGCCGAACCUGGAGCUGCAGCUGGUAGAGGUGGAGCGGUGGGUGCUGCCGCCGCGCGGGCGCGUGGAGCUCGAGGUGCAGUUCCUGAGCCAGGAGGUCGGGACGUUCCACGAGAGCCUGGGCUUCGAGUGCCGCGGGGGCAACCACCUCGAGCUGGCGUGCGUGGGGCGGUGCGCGUACCCGCAGAUCAGCAGCGACUACCGCAACGUGUUCAUGCGCAAGAGCAAGGCCCGCCCCGCGCUCGCGCACAUCUCCAAGCAGUACAUCGUCUCGGAGAACGUCUUCGACUUCGGGCCGCUGCUGCUGGGGCUCGACAAGAAGGGUCUGGACUUUGCGGGCAUCGCGGAGAAGUUCCCGGGCAACAUCGCGGGGCUCCGGAUCACGAACAACGGCCUCUUCCCGCUCUCGGCGACCUUCGCGCUCGCGUCGACGGGCAAGGACGAGGGCCCCGUGUUCUCGAUCAGCCCAACGGCGAUGGACCUGGAGGUGGGGGAGACGCGCGAGCUGCAGGUCGCGGCGUUCCCGAACCCGAAGGACGGCACCGAGCCGGCGCGGGACGCGGUCGUCGUGCACGUCCAGGACAACCCCGGGGAGGUGAAGUUCGACUUGCAGUGCGUGGGGUCGAAGCCCGAGGUGUCGACGUCGCUCGAGGUGCACGGGAAGGAGGGCGCGGUGAUCCAGUUCGAGCGGCUGCUGCAGGGCAAGUCGGACGCGCGGGAGUUCACGAUCACGAACACGGCGCAGCUGCCGUGCAAGUGGUGGCUCGAGGGGCCGGAGCUGCCGCCGGAGGUGGUGGUGGUGCCGAUGGAAGACACGCUUCCGGCGCAGUCCUCCGCGGUGGUCAAGGUCCGCAUGGCCGCGCAGGAGCCGCGUCCGAUCGAGCACAAGAUGGUGCUGCGGAUCCAGGACGUGGCGGCGGCGCUCCCGGUGGCGCAGGACGUCCCGGUGAAGGUCACGGGCGAGGCGUACCGCAUCAGCGUGGACGUGAAGAUGCCGAACGACGAGCCGAACCUCAACUUCGGCACCCUGCGCCUCGUGGACAGCAAGGAGAUGACGGUGACGGUGCUGAACACCGGGAAGUACGUUGUCGGGUACCGGCUGGUGUGCAAGUCCGCGUACGUGCGGGACCUCUUCGCGAUCACGCCGGACUCGGGCGAGGUGCCGCCCGGCGGCAAGGCGGAGGUCAAGGUGCACUUCAACCAGCAGAAGAGCCUGAAGCACGAGGUCGAGCUCAUCGACAACACCGACAUCGUCGUCGAGGUCGUCGAGCAGCUCACGAAGCUCGUCGAGGCCCGCGUCCCGGUCCCCGUGCGCAUCCGCGCGCUGUUCACCAAGUACACCGUCACGCCGGCGCGCGGGCUCUCGUUCGGUCCCAUCGUGUACAACACCACCUCGCAGCCGCGCAUCGUCACGCUCGCGAACACGGGCGAGUUCCCGUUCAACUACGCGGUCUUCGAGCUCGCCAAGGGCCUCCCGGAGCUCCCCGUCGACAAGGCUGGCAACGUCGCGGCCUCCAAGGGCGCACUCACCGUCGGGCACUUUGACAUUGAGCCUUUCAUGGGGUCGCUGCCGCCGGGGGACUCGGUCCAGAUCAAGGUCGUGUUCAAGGCCGUCGGACAGGAGGUGUGCAGCGAGAAGCUCGGCAUCCACGUGUCGGACCGGGACUUCGCCGACAGCCCCGGGGGGGUCCCGUACGAGAUCACGGGCGAGAGCUGCAUCCCGGGGAUCAACGCGAGCGACCUCCACUCGAUCUUCGAGGAGCACCGCAUCGUGCAGGAGAUCGACCCCACGCAGCACCUCAACAACGUGUUCGGCACGCGCGAUCGGAUCUUCGACUUUGGUCCGGUCAUCGCGUCCAUGGACGGCCCCGGCGCGGACGGCCAGGGCGCGCUGGACGAGGCCGCGGGCGUCGCGGCGAACUUCCGCAUCGUGAACCCGGUCAAGGUGCCGUGCUCGGUCGCCUUCAAGGUCACCCCGCACGGCGACGCUGCGUCGGCGCCCGGCGGCUUCCCGCUCGUCGUCACGCCCGACCGCGUCGACAUCCCGCCGCACGAGUACCGCUACGUGACCGUCCGCUUCCUCCCGCGCGCCAUCCAGACCUACUCGGCCGAGUUCGAGGCCGUCGUGGACAACGGCGGCGACCCCGCCACGCGGUCCUGUCGCUUCGACAUCCGCGGCGAGGGCGUGCUGCCGCACAUGACGCUGCUGCAGCCCACGCUGCGCGACGAGGCGUCCGGCGCGCCGGUGGUGCAGUUCAAGCGCCUCCUCAAGGGGCGGCGCGCGGAGCUUCCCAUCAAGGUCCGCAACGACGGCAGCAUCCCCGCGACGGCGCGGCUCGACAUGGCGCCGCACGGCGCGUUCGCGCUGCUGGGCGAGUCGGGCGUGUUCACGCUGCAGCCCGGCGCGUCCACGGAGGCCGUCGUGCGGUUCCGCGCCAACGACGUGGACGUGCACGAGCACGUCGUGUCGCUCGACGUGCGGCAGAACCCGUUCGAGCAGACGCGGAUCAAGGUCCUCGGGGAGUGCUUCACCGAGGACGUGAUCUUCCAGGGCCUGCCCGACGGGGCGGACCACGAGCUGCGCUUCCCCGACACCCCCAUCAACGCCGACACGCCCAUCACGUUCACCGUGCGCAACCUCAGCCAGAAGGCCCUGCGGUUCCGCUGGCCGUCCGCCGGCGCCGAGGUCCUCGCCGGCGCGCUCACGCUCGUGCCGUCCAAGGGCCACAUCCCGCCGGGCGGCUCGACGACCAUCACGGCGACGCUGCGCUCCGCAGCGGCCGCCACCAUGGAGGACGUGGACGUCCCGCUCGCGAUCGAGGAGAUCGCGGGCGUCGAUGGCGCGAGGGUCGAGGACUGGGACAACGCCGAGUACCUCCGCGAGAAGGCGUCGAGGAACACGCAGACGCCGGACGUGGAGGGCGACGCACCCCCGAAGGGCAAGAGCGCCGAGAAGGGCAAGGGCAAGGACGACAAGGCGAAGGACAAGGGCAAGAAGGACGCGAAGGGCAAGGGCGGCGGCGGCGCGGCGACCGCGCUGGGCGCCGACGAGGACGAGGGCGUUGACGGCGAGCCGGAGGUGACGGUGGUGGAGGACUCGGCGCGCACGCUGUCGCUCAAGGUCAGCGGCGUGGUCGACGACGCGCGCUUCGAGGCCCCGCGCGACCCCGUGGUGUUCAAGCCGACGAUGAUGUUCCAGGCGCGCACGUACGCCUUCCCGCUCAAGAACACCUCCACCGCCGCGAUGACGUACCGCUUCGUGGUCACGCACCGCGACGGCCGCGAGGACCCGGCCCCGCCCUACGAGGUCACCCCCGAGGACGGCACGCUCGCCGCGGGGCAGGAGACGGAGGUGACGGUGCGUUUCAAGCCCAUGGAGGUCGAGGACUGCGACCGGCUGCUCGUUGCCGAGGUGCCGGCGCUCGCCGAGGACCAGGAGCCGCUGCGCGUGGAGCUGAGCGGGAAGGUCAAGCGGCCGUGGUGCCACUUCGACCUCCCCGAGUCGGACUACGUGUCGGCGGGGCGACGCAACCCGGAAAUGCCGGGCCCGUCGGGCACGCUGGGCCCGCUGCACCCGUCGACGCGCGUGCUCGAGUUCACCUCGCUCGGCACGCGCGUGCGCAACACGCGGCGGUUCGACGUGCUCAACCCCACGAGCGUGCCGUACGAGUUCUCGUGGCAGCUGAUCCGCGACGCGGACGGCGCGGAGGGGACGUUCAAGUGCCUCACGCGGCGCGGCGUGAUUCCGGGCGGGCGGAAGUACGAGAUGAUCUUCGAGUACACCCCCGACAGCGAGGAGCUCCUGGAGAGCCACUGGGUUUUCCGCAUCACCCAGCAGAACAUCGAGGUGCCCUUUCUGGUGGUCGGGCACGUCUCGGAGCCGCGCGUGCUGCUCGACCGGAGCGCGGUGCACUUCCAGAAGGUCCAGGUCGGGCGGCGCGUGCGCGAGACGGUGCACAUCGUCAACGAGGAGCCGAUCCCGUUCGUCUACGAGUUUGUGCGCUCCUCGUACGAGCUGCAGUCCGGGCGCGGCGAGUCCGGCGUGCUGCUGUUCGACCCGCCGUCCGCGACGAUCCCGCCGCGGUCGCGGCUGCCCGUCGUGGUCUCGUUCGACCCCGCCGCGGAGCAGACGUACAACUUCAACGUGGUGUGCAACGUUCGGAAGAAGCCCAUGCGCCUGACGCUCAACGUCAAGGGCGAGGGGUACCGCAUCCACGAGCAGCUCAUGAUCGACACCGCGGACAGCCGCAUGGUCGACCUGGCGCCCUCGGGCGUCAACCAGGUGGAGUUUGGAGAGGUGAUCAUCAACAGCAUCUGCGUGAAGCAGAUCGCGAUGGUCAACGCGGGGUCCGUGCCGUACGAGUUCGCGUGGGCCGUCGGCGGCGGCGAGGACCUCGGCGGCCGCGAGCCCACCGUCGUCGUCAAGCCCAACGGCGGCCGCGUCGCGCAGGGCGAGCGCCUGGUGUGCGAGCUCUCCUACGCGCCCAAGCGCCAGGAGAAGCUCGCCGAGUACCCCGUCACGUGCCAGAUCGUCAACGGGCCGCGGUACCGCCUCGCGCUCCACGGCGAGGGCCACAAGCCCAAGCUCGACCUCAGCUUUUACCGGCACAACUUCGGGCCGCAGUUCGUGCGCGAGGAGGGCAUCGCGCCGUCGCAGGUCCUGCUCCGCAUGACCAACCGCGACGACCAGGAGGUCUCGGUCGACAGCCUGUACACGCCGACUGCCGACAUGUGGGUCGAGAACGGCUCCGCCGUGCUGCAGCCGGGGGAGUCUGCGGAAAUGAUUAUAAAGUUCUCGCCCGGGGAGGCGCGCGCGUACAAGGAGUCGGUGCCGCUCGAGGUCAACGGGCUGUUCACGAUCCCGGUGCAGAUCUCGGGCGAGGGCGCGCUGAUGAAGGUGGGCCUCGCAGAGGGGGCGGCGACGAACGGCGUGGUGUCGCUCGGCGCCGCGCGCGCGGGGCAGCAGAUCGGGAAGACCGUCAAGGUCCGGAACGGCAGCAAGGUGGCCUGCCGCGUCAACUUGGCGGAGGCCAUGGAGGGCCUGGCGGACCUGGGCGUGGAGCUGAUGCCGACGGAGCUCGCGCUGCGCGGGUACGAGACGGGCGAGCUGAGCGUGUUCUUCCGCCCGGGCGCACGCAUCCGGCCGUUCUCGCGCGACGUGCGCGUCAAGGUCUCGGGCGUGGAGAUGCCGCUCAUGACGCUGACGGGCGCGUGUCUGGGCACCGAGGUUGCGCUCGCGAGCUCCUCGCUGCCGUUCGGCGGCGUCGUCAUCGGGUCGCGCGUCACGAAGCGCGUGCAGCUCGAGAACACCGGCGACACCGCCGUGCGCUUCCGCUGGGACGACCGCGCCCUGCAGCCCCACUUCACAAUCUCCCCGCUCGACGGCUUCGUCGCCGCGGGCCACGACGUGCACUUCGACGUCACGUUCCACCCCACGGAGGUCAACCCGGACAUCCGCGCGGAGCGCGUCCACCUGUACAUCGAGGGCGUCGACCCGCAGCAGCUGACGCUGACGGGGUCGUGCACGCAGCAGCAGGCCGUGAGCGACGUCGUGUCGUUCACCACGCCCGUGCGCGGCAGCGCGGAGUCGUCCGUGAGCGUGAAGAACCCCACGUCGGCGCCGUGGGUGCUGCGGCCCGUCGUCCAGCACGACUUUUGGUCGGGGCCGGAGUUGCUGCGCGUGCCGCCGGGGCAGACCGCCAAGUACCCGCUGCUGUUCCGCCCGAUGACGAUGGCGCCGGAGAGCGCGCCGCACGAGGGCACGGUCUUCAUCCCGAUGCCGGACGGCUCCGGGCUGCUGUACCGCCUCAAGGGCGUGGCCUCUGAGCCGCUCCCCGCGGGCAAGGUCAGCGCGAAGUGCACGGCCAAGGUCGAGCACACCGAGACGCUCGUGGUCGAGAACUGGGACCGGCGCCCGCAGCGGUUCGUGGUCGCGUUUGACCUCCCUGGCAAGGCGGCGUCCACCAAGUGUAUGGGGCAGCGCCACAUCGACGUUCCAGGCCUCAGCAAGCGCGAGUACAAGCUCACGUUCCUCUCGCUCGUCGAGGGCAAGACCGCCGGCCGCGUCGUGUUCAAGAACGAGUCCUCGGGGGAGUAUAUUUUCUUCCCGGUGGAGUUUGACGCGGCGCCGCCGCCGUCGCAGGGCCUCCUGAAGCUCGAGUGCCCCGUGCGGCAGCGCGCCACCGCCGUCGUGCACGUCCACAACCCGCUCGACGCGCCCGUCGACCUCGCGGUGGCCUGCACGGCCCCCGGCGUCAUCGCGCCGCAGACGCUCCACGUCGCCCCCAACUCCUCCGGCACGUGCGAGGUCUCGUACAUGCCGCUCGUGGAGACGCGCGCCGAGGGCAAGCUCUCGCUGCAGUGCAACGAGCUCGGCAAGUUCGUUUGGGAUCUCGUCCUGGGCGGCUCCCCUACGGGCCCCGAACCCAGCCUGGAGUUCAACGUCCCGCUCGGGCUGUCGGAGCCCCGGAAGUUCCGCUUCACGCACCUCCUGAACGCCCCGUGCGACUACACGCUCCAGUUCGCGUCCGGCGGCAAGGCGGGCUUCUCGUGCAGCGUGCCCAAGGUGACGGCCCCCGCGGCGCCCCCCGAGGGCACCGAGGUGUCCGUGGACGUGCUGUUCGAGCCGUCGGCGAUCGGGGAGGGCAUCAAGGACGUCCUGAAGCUCGUGAGCGACAAGGGCGGCACGUACGAGUGCCCGCUGGUCGGGCGCUGCCUCCCACCCAAGCCGCGCGGCCCCGUGCCCGUAAAGGGCGGGUCGGCGCAGAUCCCGUUCAAGAAUGUGUUCCUGUCCGACAUGGAGUUCCACUUCUCCGUGGACAACCCAGCGUUCAGCGUGAAGUCGUCGGAGGUGAUCAAGUCGAAGGCGGCGAUCAACAUCGCCGUGCAAUACAAGGCGCAGCCUGAGAGCGGGGCGCCGAGCAGCGCGAUGCUGAACGUGUCGAGCCCCGCGGCGCCCGGGAGCAUCUGGGCGUUCUACCUGGCCGCGUGA